UUUUGAUUGCUUCUUGAGCGCCAAAAUUUUGAAACGAGAGGGAAUAGCUACCAUUGGCUACAAAUUCCACGUGACACGGAUGACCCAAUCGUUUUCCUUCCUUCUGCGAUUGGUGGGACAUCAAAUAGAUGACACCAAUCGCUGCUGGUUUUCUUUUUUUCUUUCAUUCCUUCAAGCCAACCACAUGACACUUUGUCGUCAUAGAAGCCAAUCGCGUAAAAGGGCGUGACAACCCUGGACUUUUAUAUUCGAGUAAUGCAAGGUUCUUUCCAGUACUGAACUGAAAUUAAUAAGGACUAUCCUGCGUGUAAAUAAAAGAAAUCAUAAAUAUGUCUGGAAGAGGCAAAGGCGCCAGCAAGGCCCGCGCGAAAGCUAGGACCCGGAGUAACCGGGCAGGUCUCCAGUUCCCGGUCGGUCGAGUCCACCGUCUUCUCCGCAGAGGCAACUACGCAGAGCGUGUUGGUGCCGGUGCCCCAGUCUACUUGGCCGCCGUGCUGGAAUAUCUCACCGCCGAGAUCCUCGAGUUGGCUGGUAACGCCGCCCGGGACAACAAGAAGACUCGCAUCAUUCCUCGCCACCUUCAGUUGGCGGUACGCAACGACGAAGAGCUGAAUAAACUUCUUGGCGGCGUCACCAUCGCCCAGGGCGGUGUCCUGCCCAACAUCCAGGCCGUCCUGCUGCCUAAGAAGACUGGACAGUCUGCUCCGAGCUCCGGCAAGGGGGGGAAGAAGGCUUCCUCGCAGUCUCAAGAAUAUUAGCCACAUGGCUAGUAACUUUUAUCCCAACGGCCCUUUUCAGGGCCACCCAAGCUACAUCGAAAGAGCACAUUUCCUUUGUGUGUCUUCGUCACUUUUUUUCCUUAAUAAAUUGUUUUGCUAAUGA